AUGGCGGCGGUGCGGAGAGCCGCUUUGGCCGCUCUUGCCCGCUGUGGCGGGGGGCGCGGGGCGCCCGUGGUUGGCGGCUUCCGGAGCCGCAGGCGCUGGAUGAGCCCGUGGCUCGCAACCGCCUCCCUGCUCGGAGGUGGCGCCUUGGUGGGCUCCUACCGAGGAUGGAGCGGGCAGGAGGGGGCCGGCGGCUUCUUCCUGGUCCUGGCUCAGAAGGAAGAUGCUGUAGAUGAAGAGAUGGCAGAAAAGCUUUCCAUUCGAAAGCAACGUUUUAUGCAGUUUGCUUCUUUGGAAUAUGAAGGAGAAUAUUACAUGACUCCAAGAGACUUCCUGUUCUCAGUUAUGUUUGACAAAUCAAAGCGUAAAACUUUGGCCAAGAAACUGACAAAAAAGGAAGUAGAUUCUACUCUAGCAAAUGUUGCGAAGGCUAGACCAGGACCAACCUUUUUUAGAGACCUUGGAGACAGAGGACUGAUUUCCUAUACAGAAUACCUGUUCUUGCUGACAAUACUCACAAAACCACAAACUGGAUUUCAUAUUGCUUUUAAAAUGUUGGAUGCUGAUGGCAAUGAACAAGUAGAGAAAAAAGAAUUCUUUAAGCUUCAGAAAAUAAUUGGAAAGCAAGAUGAGUUUAAAACAGCUUCUGGAGAAGACAUGCUGUCUCAGGAAUCAGAAAUGGAAGGUGCUGAUAUCAAUACCAUGUUACUGGUCCACUUUUUUGGAAAAGGAGGAAAAGAUAAGCUUCAGUAUUGUGAAUUCCAAAGAUUUAUGCAGGAUUUACAAGCAGAAGUACAAGAAAUGGAAUUCAAUCAGUUUUCCAAAGGUCUAGCCUUAAUGAGAAAGGAAGAUUUUGUAGAGUGGUUGCUGUAUUUCACUGAUGAAGAAAAUAAUGAAGUUUACUGGCAAAAUGUGAAAGAGAGAAUCCAAGCGGGAGAGAGUAUCAGUAUGGAUGAAUUUAAGACUUUCUGCCAAUUUACAAAUCGUUUAGAAGAUUUCUCAAUUGCCAUGAAAAUGUUUACCGUAGCCAGCCGUCCUGUUAAACGGGCGGAGUUCAAGAGAGCUGUGAAAGUGGCCACAGGACAGGAGCUCUCAGAUAACGUUUUGGACACCAUCUUCAAGAUCUUUGAUUUAGAUGGAGAUAAUUGCCUCAGCCAUGCAGAGUUCCUUGGAGUUCUCAAAAACAGGAUGCACCGUGGAUUAAGGGUGCCUCAGCAGCAAGGAGUCCAAGGUUACUGGAAAUGUGUGAAAAGAGAAACCAUUAAAGGAGCAAAAGAAGUUUGGAAGCAAACUGGGAAGAGUCCUUUUUAAAUGUAUCCGUAAGAUCAUUUGUGACUCAGCUUUGUUUUUCAUGUAUUUGUUUACAGAUUGGCUAUACUAGGUGCAGUGCAAUCACUUAAUACAAUUAAAUAUUGAACACUUCCAUUAUUUGAUUUUGAUAGGGGUGGGCAUGAAAAUGUGUUUUGUAUCUUGGAAUCAUUCAGGGAUGCUGCAGUUUGGUAGAACUGAAACCCAAAGCACUUUUGGUUGUUCUGAAUUUCAGCUGAAACAAAAUGGGGAGGAGCCUUGUGCACCCUGUCCCUCUUCCCCUCCUCUACCGCAUGGCCGCCUGCUGCUCUUCCCAGCCCUUCCUGUCCCACCUCUCCUUAGCUGCUGAUGUCCUUGGCUUCAAUCAUGGCCUAGCCACCAGCCAUCCCAUCACCCAAACACCUUACUUCCCUUACUUCCCCAUUUCCAGCAUCCUUGGUUUCAAAUACAGCAUAUGCAAUUGACCCAUCCACCCUCCUAAUCUUUUUAGCACCUGCCCUUUCCCUGCCUCCCCUUGCCUACAGCCUACCUCUUUGGCUUUUUCCUGUUCUCCCCCCACCCCAAAGGAUUUCUCUCUUAAAUAUGCUCGUUUGGAUCGUGAUGCAGACCACCUGAAACUAGCCCUUCCAUGCACAAAGCACUUUGCACAUCCCUACAGCAAUAGAAUUUGCUUUAGGCCUAUUCUAGAUUGUACUCAUGUUCUCACAAACGAAUACUGUUAACAUUUCUGUGUUAUCCAGCCUUCCUGGAAUUUAGUAGACAUAUCUUGUAAAGGCAGGCCUCAUAGCAAAUGUGGGAAGACCCACAUUUUUAAGAAUUAAAGGGAAGAAAAGCAUGAAAAAUACAAGGAUAGGAUAGGAUAGGAUAGGAUAGGAUAGGAUAGGAUAGGAUAG